GUUUGACGGUGUCAACUUUGGGAAAUGCGAGUGUUUAUCUCCGCGAUCUAGCCACUGCCGGUGGUGUUGGCUGUGAGCAAGUUCCACCAAGUUAGAAGAGUGAUGACCAUCCUUUUCCUUACUAUGGUUAUCUCAUACUUCAGUUGCAUGAAAGCUGCCCCGAUGAAAGAAGCUAGUGUAAGAGGACAAGGCAGCUUGGCUUACCCAGGUCUUCGGACCCACGGGACACUUGAAAGCCUUAAUGGGCCCAACGCUGGUUCAAGAGGACUGACGUCGCUGGCGGACACUUUUGAACACGUGAUAGAGGAGCUUCUAGAUGAGGAUCAGGACAUCCAGCCCAGUGAGGAAAACAAGGACGCGGACUUGUACACAUCCCGAGUCAUGCUGAGCAGUCAAGUGCCUUUGGAACCCCCGCUGCUUUUUCUGCUUGAGGAGUACAAAAACUACCUGGAUGCUGCAAACAUGUCCAUGAGAGUCCGGCGUCACUCUGACCCAGCUCGCCGUGGGGAACUGAGCGUCUGUGACAGCACGAGCGAGUGGGUAACGGCGGCGGAGAAAAAGACUGCAGUGGACAUGUCCGGUGCGACCGUCACAGUCCUUGAAAAAGUCCCAGUACCUAAAGGCCAACUGAAGCAAUACUUCUACGAGACCAAAUGCAACCCCAAGGGGUACACAAAGGAAGGCUGCAGGGGCAUAGACAAGAGGCACUGGAACUCGCAGUGCCGAACUACCCAGUCUUACGUGAGAGCUCUCACCAUGGAUAACAAAAAGAGAGUUGGCUGGCGGUUUAUAAGAAUAGACACUUCCUGUGUAUGUACAUUAACCAUUAAAAGGGGAAGAUAGUGGGCUCGUGUUGUAUAGAUUAUAUUGAGACAAAAUUAUCUAUUUGUAUAUAUACAUAACAGGGUAAAUUAUUCAGUAAAAAAAUAAUUUUAUGGACUGCAUGUAUAACUGAAGUUUAUACAGUACAGUGAUUCCACAAUCUAUUUAUUGAACAUAUCCAUGACCUGAAAGGGAACAAAAGUCAAAGUCAUUUGCGCACAAAUUAAAAAAAAAAAAAGGAAAAAAAAAAAGAAAAAGAAAAAAAGCAAACAAACUAAAAAGUCUGCAUUACAUUCCUCGAUAACGUUGUGGUUUGUCGCCGUUGCCAAGAAUUGAAAACAGAAAAAGAUUAAAAAAAAAAAAAAAAGAUUAAAAUUGCAUGCUGCUUCAAUUGUGAAUUGAUGACAAACUGUCCUCUUUCAGAAAAAUAAAUUGAACCAAAACAUUCCGUUUACAUUUUAGACAGUAAGUAUCUUUAUUCCUGUUAGUAUUAUAUGUUUACUGCUUUUACCUUCUGAUAGCGUUGGAAUUAAAACAAUGUCAAGGUGCUGUUGUCAUAGUUUUACUGUUUCUCUUAGUUUUGAAUUCCCAUCAGAUUUGGGGAAAAA